AUUCCCUUUUUUUUUUUUUUUGAAGGGAUUCUAGUUUGAUUCCUAUUUCAAAUUGGAUUAGACUUUGGAUUGAAUUCGAUUGACUUUCACCCCUAAUAAAAGCCGCAAUCACUCAACUCCUUCCUUUUUUUUUUUUUUUUUUUUUUUUUUUUUUUUUUUUUUUUUUUUUUUUUUAAUUCUCCCGCUCUAUUUCCCCCUAAUUAUAAACCCUCAAAAUCAAUUUCACCCAAUUCAAUCCAAUUCUCAACCCUUUUCUUCAAUCAAAUUCAAAAUUGAUUGCAAUUUCACAAACCAAAAAUAACCAGAAAAAAAAUGUCGGAAAUUUCAUCUUCGAAAAACGAUAUGAAUUCAUCGAGUUCAACAUCAAUUACAGACUUAGAUGUCGAUUCAUUGGUACAUUGUACAAAUUAUUUAAGCAUCCAAGACAUCUCAAACAUGGCUAUCACCUGCAAAUUCUUCCGAACUGCCACUGAUUCUGAUUCUAUUUGGCACCGUCUCUUCCGGGAGAAAUGGCCAAAGCACACAUUUAGUUUAAACUCUCAAGGAUCAACGACGAGGGAAGCUUAUUUAAGCAGGCGUGCGGCAGUGGGGAAGUUUAGCUUUGUUGAUCCUUUGGUUGCUGACUUCUAUACUGAUUCAAGACCUUUCAGUCAUGUAUUGUUAGGAAAAAAUGACAUCAUUUUUUCACAGGGAUCACUGGUACGCCUUCUGAAGAUUGAUGAUUUUGUAAAUGGUAAAGAAUGCCUGGUCACUUUAAGCGAUCAUAAUGCAAGGAUUACAUGCAUGAGGUUAUUUCCGAUCAGUGAGGCAUCUUUUAUUCGAAGUGAGGCACAAAACAAUGAAACUGUAUUAAUAACCUCAAGUUCUGAUCGCACCAUACGCCUUUGGUGGAAGGGUUCUUGCUUCCGAUGUUUUAGAGGUCAUAAUGGUCCUGUUUCUGCACUCUCAGAUAAAUUAUUGGGCGAUAAGGGUAGAAAAGUGCUUGCUAGUGGUGGAGAAGAUGGCACAGUUCGUCUGUGGUCUCUGAGUUCAAGUGGCAAACGUGGUCAGCAUGCCCUGAAUGUAACAUUACAUGGGCAUGAGAAACCAAUUAUAUUAUUGUCAGUUGCCGGGCACAAACCUUCGCUUUUGGUCAGUGUUGCAACAGAUUCAAAGAUCAGAGUGUGGGACUCUACCCUAGCAUCUGCAUCUCGGACAUCUAGUUGUGUGGGAAUGACCUCUGUGCUAGGCACUCCUGUCGGAAUCAAAUGCUUUGAGUCAAUGGUUUAUGUAGCUGCUGGUAACUCUGUUCAGGCAAUAGAUUUGAGAACAAUGAAGAAGGCUUUUACUGCUGCUGUUUGUCAACCAGAGUUUUAUUCAUUUGAGAUGCUGCCUUCCAGAUCAUUGAUCUGUACUGGCGGAAAAAACAAAGCUUUGUUAUGGGAUGUCCGGAAAAGCCAAGAUGGUUUAAAUUCAAGGCCGGUAGUUGAGAUGGAGGGUCACAAUGGUCCAGUUACACAUGUAUAUGUGGACCCAUACAAGAUAGUUACUGGUGGUCCUGAUGACUUUUUCACUAACAUUUGGGACGUUGACACUGGUGCUCUCACUAAUACCUUGAUUUGCAGUCCUUCGGAGCUAUCUUGUUCUAGGAUAGGAUGUAAUUCAAUGGCCGCUGAUGGGUGUCGAAUCGUUACUGCCUGUUCUGGGGAGAAUGGACUUUUACGCUUCCGAGACUUCAGCAAUGCUUCUAGCUCUGUCUCUUCAUACAAGGAUGCUGUGUCUUCCAGAUUUUGGAAUUCGAACUCCUACAGUGAUUCGGAUUCUGAUAUGUAAAAUUUCACCUUGUGCAUUACAAUGUAUGUUAUUAUUCGAUUGUAAGUUUGUAACUAGCAUUCUUCAUUAUUUGGCUAAAUGCAAAAGGAUUCUCGUUUUAUUUUGUUUGCUUCUUUGUUAUUAUUAUUAAAUUACUGAUGGUUCAACAUCAUUGCUGAAAGAGAAAAGCACAGUGUUUUUUU